ACGUACGCCCCUUAGCCCUCGCUUUGAAACAGUUUGCGAGUGUACAAUUAUGUUCACUCCGGUUCUGAAACGCCCCAUAUUUCAAUUCGUGACAAUUGUACUAAGAAACGUCCGUCAACUUAAAACCAACAUUAAUAUGGCGAAGUCAACAUAGAAGUGUAUAUAAAAACGAAUGUAAAUAAGUUGAAAUGGUGCUACUAAUGAUCAUGACGGCUCAAAGAUAUGAAAUGCAAUCAUUAUUGACUGUAGCCAUAUAAGGCACACAACAGUUUCAUGAUGACUCAAAACACAACUGCGGGAUGAACGAGUGACAACUUUCCGGGCAUUAGCGGACCGUUUAAAAUGAAUUAAUUCUUCCCUCGUCCUGCAAGUGUCAACACGUCAGAAGUGUCCACUUAAUUUGAGGGGAGAGAGUAACUAUUUUAAGAGUUUGAAACGCAGCCCUCGAUUGAGAAUCCGUAAGUCAGUGAAAAAGAACGGCCGAUAUUUUUUUUGAGUGUCUGCGCUCAGAGUGUACAGGAAACCAACACUCCGCCGAUUUACAAAUAAAUAUAGCUACGUUUUGGUUACGUUUGUUGACCAAUUGUUUAUCUCAGAUGGAGAGCCACAGUGGUGACAACAUCCCUGCAUCGAAAUGCAGCUCAGUGAAAUAUUACACAACGUUACCCUCCGAGACUACACCAACUGAAGAUGGCGAGCAUUCUUCCGAGCAAGCUGGUGGUACGGAGACAAGACCGAGAAGUGAAACUUCGACGCAAUAUAUUCCAAAAGCGGGGGGGCACUUACACUUUCAGAUACCGAGAAAGAACAAAGAAAAGAGAGCGUUGUUCCAGCAUGUGUCCUCUGAGUCCAGGGAGUUUGAGGACAUCUUGACUAUUCUGUCUUCCAGCUACAUAGAAGCCAGCUCCAACAGGACGUUCGCGUACACAAAGCUAAGAAUCGUCCACAGCGAACUGCUGGAGAAGAAUUUUGUAGAGAAAAGGAGGGAGCUGAAGCUGGAUGGGAGGACAGAGAAGGAGCUGGAGGAGACCCACUGUUUCCUGACUGCUGACUCCAUCAAGCUACCAUGGAUCUGUGAGAAUGGACUUCUUGUGGGGCACAGCUGGAUCACCGCUCUGGGAAAUCCAGCUAAGGGUGUUUAUUUGUCUAAAUACUCAGACUUACUGCAGAUCAAUCCUUUUAACCCUGGAGUCAUGGGUGAGAUCAUCAUAUUCAAGGUUAUCAAGGGUAAAGUAAAGAGCAUCUAUGAUAACAUGUCUAAGAACCUUUUGGAUCCCACACUCAAGUUUGACAGCCAUUUAUCGAAGAAUGCCAGCAUAGUCACAUCUCUCACCUCCUAUAGAGCCUAUGACCUCACUCAGCAAUACUUCUAUGAGUAUGACUUUGAUGAGCUGAAGGCUCAGCCGAGGCAUGUGUGCCCCUAUGCAGUGGUCUCUUUCCAGUUCAAAGGCAAAGAUGCUCCGUUACAAGCCAAGCCCAUGGCUCCCCUAAGGUCAAACAGCCAAACAUCUGUAGGAAAUAAAGGCAGGAGUAAAUACACAGUGUGGAGUGGAGAGCUUGUGAAUGAGGGUAGAGCAGUGUCCCAGGUCUCCUUCUGCUCCUUCUCUCCCCCCUUCCUGCCUUUCAAACUGCCAGAGAAGCUGGAGCUGGGUCUGGUGAUGAGUAUGGACCAGGUAACUCAGAUGAUACCCUCGGCUCUGUUCUCCUGGAACCUGUACGCAGGCAGCCACCAAGUGUUGAAGAGUGGGACACACUGCAGUCUGCUGGAGGUGGUGGAUAAGAGCAAGUCAGGAGACUGUCUGGCAGCACUGCUUCAAGGCAUGGAGACACAGCGACUGGUUCUUGUCCACAUGUUGGCUGACAAAGGAUUCCUGUUCCUCCUGUCUUCAGUUCAGAUGGCCACUCCAACUGAAAGAAGAGAUGGGUUGAAAAAAUGCCUUCGAGCGCUAUUUGUUUUUCAGGAGUCCAGGGACGUGGCAAAAUACAGUUCAAAGUGUCCAACUACCCAGGAGCCUUUACAGACGUCCUCCCGUGACCCCGCCAUGCCCCAGCUGAACAGCUUUGUCCCAGCCCUGCAUCACGCCCUGGUCAAGGUGUGCUGCACCCCGCCCGCUGACCUCUCGGCCGGGGUCGAGCGCCAGGCCAGGGACUACCUCAGUGGACUCCACCAUGGAAAGCGCCGCCACAUCCCCAUGACUGAAUAUGACACCAAGCUGGAUGACCGGGGGAAGCUGUUCCCGGCUCCCAAACACCACAAACUCAACAUGGAGGGCUACCUGCGCUCCUACAUCUACAACCCCAACCUCUACACCAUGCCUGUUUUCCAAGCCAAGGAGAUGGUAGAGAGUUACUGCACUGUGCCCGAUGACAACAGCCCUGUAAUGGGCUGGGAGGGCAGUGGAGCCAAGUCAGUGGUAGGGUCAGAGGUCAAUCCUUAUGGUGCCACUGCUGCCCAGUCCCCGGGGGUCCAGGUCAACCACUCUCUCUCUCAGUUUCCCACUGACGCCAAACCUCAGAAGUUGAAGGAGCUGAUUAACCUGAUACUGUGUUGGCGGAACAUAGAGGGGGAUGUCCGGAAGAAGGGAGUGCCGCAGGGAGGACGAAAGCAGGGGGCAGGUGGGUUGGACCCCCGAGGACUGAAGAGGAAGACUGCAGAGAGGACUCUGAACUACCGGAAGAAGGCCUCACAGGAAAGAGGCAGAAGGGAUAGGAGAACAGCAGCUGCAGAAAAGGGCCAGGGCCCUUCUUGUCUGUCCUCUGUGAUGCUGCAGAGUGUUGGUCUGAGAGACGUGGACCUGAGGAGAGACCGCUCAGAGGCUGCUUUCAAGUUGUCUGAGGGGAGAGGAGGAGGAGGAUGGUCAAGAGAGGGGACAGAGCAGACUAAAGCUCUGCUGUUUGAUAGGAUGAUCAAGCUGGGCCUGCCGCCCAAUCAGGACAUUGACCUGAGGAAACGACCUUCUGGGGGCCUGCAGGUCAAGGCUGACUUCUUGGAGAGCAAACAGCAGGGAGCACGAACAGUCUGGAGGGCUUCAGCCCCAGUUCCAAUGGUGAAAUGCCCAGAAGAUCACAGUCCCAAUAUCAGGGGGAAGAACAGAUGCCAUGGGUCCUCAUCCCCAUCACAGGGCUGAAGUCAAACAAGUACUGCCUGAGCCAGAAGGACAAUCUUCAGGACCCACGCUUUGUUCCCCAGAUCCCCAUGGCAAACAGAAGCUACCCCCCCCCGUGUCCCGGAACGACGGGAAAGAAGCAUCAACUCUACGCUAGAGGAGCUCCCACAGCAUAGCCUCAGUACUUCCCUAGAGGUGUCAGAAGAGCCCAGCCCCUACCCCAGUCCCUGCCCAAGCCCCUGCUCUUGCUCCAGUCCCAUGGAGGAUGAGCAGCAAUUAGCUGAAACCCCCUGUGACCCCACAGAAAUAAGCGGCAACCAUAAGACGAGCACAGACAAGAAGACGAGCACAAACUAGAGCUUCUUUCAAAUCCCUGGUGCUCCAGCGAGCACCAGGCUACUAGACAAGUGCCGCAGCCCCUCACCUGAGCCAAAGCCAAAUGGAGAACCAACCCGUACUAUCCCUAACCCUGUGGAGGCUGGGCAGGAACAGGUUGAAGGCAGCACAGGAAAAGUUAUAUCUGGCGUGGUUGCUGAAGAUCCAACCACAAUGGAUGUUGGACAAGAAGAGGGAGAGGAGGUAGAGGAGGAAGAAAAAGAGUUGGAGGAGGACGAUGUGAUUGAAGUGGUAGAUGAAGAGGUGGAGACGGUUAUAAAGCAG